CUACGUAAUAAGUUAAUAGGGGAACAACCGCAAAUAACGUUGCCUAUUUUACUGCUGUAGCCUAAGCACGCAUAACGGUGAGGUAGAAGAGCCAAGGAAAAGAAUGACAGAAUACAGUGAGAGAGUCUGGGGGAGGAGGGAUUGACUGUUCUAGCAUGUAGGUUACACAAGUACUUAGCUAAUAAACAGAUGGGACAGAGACGGGGGAGUGAAAGGAACGUUAGUGGAACAGAGAGCACCCUCUGUGUCUCGCCUCAUAUUUACUCAACGUUCUGCUGAGAUUCCUACUGUCGACCCGCUGCAGACUAUUACCGUGUGCCCACUGUAUAGUGGGGUGGUAAGGGGUUUGUAGAGUUCUGUCCUGCACAGGAGUUGCAAACUGGUGGAGGUCAAGCUGGAGAGGAAAGUGUGUAUUCCGGCCAAGGGUGUCGAUAGAAUAACAGUGGACAAGUUCAGGGACAUUGAAGGAACAGAGGCAGCUGGUGUAACUACUGAGGCUGACUGACCGCUAAUGUUCAGCCACAGUUAAACGAUUAGAAGGCUUUAUGUUUAAAUAUAGCCCCUGGAGAAUAUCUGGUCUACUUAGGCUUUACUGGGCCACCCUUUGCAUGGAUCUGCAGGAGGACUGACAGGUCAGAUGAACUGCAUUAUGUCUAUAAAGCAAUAUCCAGUGUACUGGGAGGAAGAUACAAGUUGAAGUGCAUUGACACUACACUUUAGGAGCAAAAUACAAUUUGUAAAAUGGCUAAAGCUGCAGCUUGUCUUUUUUUACUGGAAAGUGUGACCUGUGGCUGUAUAAUGCUUUAUUUUUAACACAAAUCACUAGUUCUUUUUGUAAUUACAUAAUGGGAUAUCAUGACUCACCAGUGUUAAAUCAACUCUUUCAGAUUACACGUGGUCCUGGUUGGUCUCAUACAUACUCUGUUAGAGUUUAAUUAACACUGGGGAUUUUCCUGUGAAACAGAUAGAAAUAGAAAGCCUUCUGAAUACCACUGGAUAACGAAGGGAAGAAAAAAAUAUCAGUAUACAUGGCGUUGUCUGGUACCUAAUGACUUUUCUGCUCAAAAAGUAUAGGGAUGGAAUCAUAUUUUUCAAUUCCAGUGCUGAAUACAUGUAUAUAUAUAUGAUAUACCAUAAGAAUGUUUUUACAUAUGCCGUUCAAAUUCUGUCUUAUCACCUUCUGAUGUAUCACAGAGGGGGGAAAGGGUCUGAAAGAUUAAUUUGAGUUCACGUUGUUUACACAUUAAGUCUAGUCAUUGAUGCUGUGCCAUUUUCUAGGCAGGGAUGCAAUGCUAUUUUUUAUCUUCUUUAUUUUACCAGCAUUUGUAUUGCUCGAAUCACAGGAAUAAAGACUAUUCUUCAAUUGGCCGAGGGGCAGAGAAACCUACAGCUCAGAAUCCGUUUGCUUCAGAAUUAGUUUUGCACGUCCAUCAUUCUCGUUAUCGUAUUAUUUACACUAAUAUAUGGCAGCUAUUUUAAGGCAGUAUUUUUUCGUCUACAGCAGCAGAGUAGACGAGGCCAUUUGGCUGAUGUUUGACGUCAGAACGCGACUCACGUACGUCUGAGUGUAUGACCUCCCCCCUCACAUACACACUGAAAACUGCGCCGCCCCUCUCCCUCCGACCUCAGUCCUUGCGUUUUCUCUGAGAACAUAGCCGGAGACUCCGAGAUGCGCCGUGGUUGCCAGCGCCAAGCGCUGCGCACAACGCAAACUGACCCGGUACAGUCAUGGCUUUUAGACGGAAAGCGAGGAGGAUGCGGUUACUGGGGUGUUAUCGGCUGGGGCUGCUUUGGAAAGCCCUUCUGGUGUUCUUGGCCAUUGUCUUUGCUGGGCAGCUGCUGGGGGUCAUCUUCAGCAAGAGCAGUAUGCAGCCUGAAAGGCCCAAUCCUCUGUUCUCCCUUUCCCCUCUGGACUCUCAGGACUCAUCCCUUGGUUCCUGCCGGCCCCAUACCCACGUCAUGUUCCUGAAGACCCACAAGACAGCCAGCAGCACUGUUCUCAAUAUGCUGUAUCGCUUUGGGGAUGAGAGGAGCCUACGCUUUGCCUUGCCUCUGGGGUACCAGUUUGGCUACCCAUUGCCCUUCAAUGCCCACAGGGUAAAAGGCUACCGGGGACCACAUGUUGUGGACUUCAGCAUCAUGGGCAACCACAUGCGCUUCCACAAGCCAGAGGUUGAUAAGGUCAUGCCCAGUGAUACCUUCUAUUUCUCGAUUUUGCGUGACCCAGUGGCCCUGGCAGAGUCCUCAUAUGCGUACUACAAAGCUGUGGCCCCUGCCUUCAAGCGAGCAAAGGGGCUGGCGGAUUUUGCAGAAGACCCCCAGCAGUUCUAUGACCCCCGUCUGCGCAACAACCACUAUGCUCGCAAUCUCCUGUGGUUCGACUUUGGCUUGGACCACAAUGCCAAUUUCUCUGAGUCCCUGGCCCGGAAAGGAGAGUUGGCUGUGCGUCGGGCCUUCAGUCUGAUACUGCUGUCAGAGCACUUUGACCAGUCAAUGGUAUUGCUCCGCCAUGCCCUCUGCUGGCCACUGGAUGCAGUAGUCUCCUUUAGCUUGAAUGCACGGCAGCAGAAGAGCAACAAAGGGAGCUCAAAUGGGGGCUUAGGACUCUCAGAUGAGCAGAGGCGCAAACUCAGAGAGUGGAAUGCACUGGACUGGCACCUCUACCAGGCCUUCAAUCACACCUUCUGGGAGGAGGUGGAGAAAUUUGGGAGGGCAAGGAUGGAGUCGGAGGUGGCCCUCCUGAGGUCUCGGAGGGAUUUGAUGGCACGUGUCUGCCUGCGGGAUGGAGGGCGGCCAGUAGAGGCCAGUCGAAUACGGGACAAGACUAUUCGGCCCUUCCAGAGUGGCCUGGUUAAGAUACUGGGCUAUGAACUGCAGCCAGGGCUGAACAAUGCCACCAACCAGGCUUGUCUGAAAAUGAUCAGGCCUGAGAUCCAGUACAAGGACUUGCUAGAUGCUCGACAGUUCCCCAGAUCCCCUCAGCCUGCAGCUGCUGGUGUAGCCCCCUAUAAAAAGGAGAUGGGUCAUCCCAGAAUGAUGGAGCGUGGUGGUAUGAGGGUGGGGGAGAGGGAGAGAGAAUGGGACAGGAGCUGGGUGAGUCGCAACCAAACCUCAUCAUUAAGCGCCGGGAAGGGGCAACUGAGAUAGCUCUAUCCGAGAGGAUGGGAGUGGCACAUACUGCUCCUGAUUAGUGUGUGCAACUCAUACAAAUGGAGAUUAUGUACAGACACAACUAUGUAGGAGAAAGGCUCACAGGGCAAUAAACACCCCCUACACACACACACACACACACACACACACACACACACUAUGGGUCUGUGUUCCAUGGUCUUAACUCAGAAUAUCUCUGUGUUGAUAACAUCACACGUCCCACAGGCAACUCCCAGUUGGGGACGACUGUGGAGUAAAUGGAGAAUGACCAGCAAAAACAGUCCAGGAACCCAUUCUCCCUAGCUACCACCAGCUGCGAUUGGAAGAGACUGAAUAUAGCACUUCAACUGAGGUACAUUCUGCCUUUCAGCCAACAGCUCAAACCUGGAGCUGUGCAGUGUUCAGGUCUAGCGAAAGGAGUGGGGAUAAAUGUGUUAAUCUGCCAGUGAAGAAUGUAGAGCUGGCUGGCACAGUGUUUUCAGUGUGUCUCUGAUUACAUGAACUGCUGUUUAUCAAGGCUGACAUUUAGAAAGAGACAUACAUUCAAAAAUAUGUGCAGCGAGGUACCCUCAUGCCAAACAACUGAAUUAAUGCCUAAAAUGCAUGCUCAUGCUUCUGUGCUUGGCAUUAUAGAAUGCCUGUUGGAGGUCAGCGAGGGAAAAAAAUUAUGCGUUGUCAUCUGCCAGACUAAGGAUGCCACAGCACCCACAAAUCCUUAAAAAAUGGGAUUUGUUGCAAAUGGCACCAGCCACAGGUAACAAUCCUGGUAGCCUUCAUGGCUAUAAAGUUGCAACAUAGGGGGGCAUAGGCAUGUGGGAUUAAAAUCCCUAGUAUGAUUCUCACUGGUUAUAUAACAUCAGCAACUCGUCAUAUUUAACUUGUUAUGGCAUAUAAGCUAUGGCUGAUUUGCUGUCAAGUCCAUGGACAUGGCAGGCUCAAUCAGUCACACACUGUAAUUAAUUAAUUUAUCAUUUAUUUUUUGUUUUACUGUCAUGCACUACAUUUGAAAAGAUUCUGGUCAAACAGGUUUUUUGUGAGAGGCGUAUACACAAGCUCUUGCAAAAAUGCAUUGUCCUGUGAUUGUCCACAUACAGCCCUUUUGACUGGUACCGAUAAAGGAUGAUUACUGUGCCCUUAUCCCAUGACACAGAAUUCUCACAUCUAAAUCAGUAAGUCUCCUAAACCUCUGAAUCUGUGCAAACGUAUGGUGGUAGUCUAAAUCCUCCAAUGAGGUAGUCAAUCCACUCAUAGUAUUUUUAAAUGACAGAUGCAGUGAAUUGUGCAUGUAUAGUUUUGACAAACGUGAUGUAUAUUUUGCCUUUUUCCACAUGCAUCUUGGAGUCACCAUUUAACUUACUUAAGUCAGCAGUUGGGUUUCAUUUCCUGGCUUCGACAGGGCAAACUAGUCUAGAAGUACAAGCUGUGAACUUAAAGCCAAAAAGCUUGCAGGGUUGCUAUUUCUGUUUCCAUUGCUUUUCAUUUCACAAAACCACUCCAAAUUCUGCCCUUCACCAAUUGCAGACAAUUGCGAGAUUGAGAUGCAUAAAAUUUCCUCAGUGGGAUAGUGGACAAUCUACCAAUAUAGAAGGUAACUUUUACCUGUCCUGAGACUUGCCUGUUCAAAUAUGUGCUCAUUUCUAGAAAUAAUCACAGAAGUCAUUGUGUUGAAUGUUCCCACUUAUAUUUGUUGAAAAGGGGACGUUUGCGUGUAAACAUGUUUGAUAGUUUGGUUAACCUGAACACCAACUGAACAGCUGUAGGAACCAGGUGUGAACUUAUAAAUGAACAGCUGUAUUAAUACACUACAUGGUCAAAAGUAUGCUGACAUCGAACAUCUCAUCCAAAAUUAUGGGCAUUAAUAUGGAUUUGGUCCAUUGUUUGCUGCUAUAACAACUUCCACUCUUCUGGGAAGGCUUGAUACUAGAUAAUGGAAUAUUGCUGCAGGGAUUUACUUCUAUUCAGCCAGAAGAGCAUUAAUGAGGUUGGGCACUGAUUGGGCGAUUAGGCCUGGCUUGCAAUUGGCUUUCCAAUUGAUCCCGAAGGUGUUGGAUGGGGUUGAGGUCAGGGCUCUGUACAGGCCGUUCAAAUUCUUCCACACCAUUCUCGACAAAACCAAUUCUAUAUGGACUUUGCUGUAUGCCAGGGUGCAUUGUCAUGCUGAAACAGGAAAGGGCCUCCCCCAAACUGUUGGGGAAGUACAGAAUCAUCUAGAAUGUCAUUGUAUGCUGUAGCAUUAAGAUUUGCCUUCACUGGAACUGAGGGGCCUAGCCAAAACCAUGAAAACAGCCACAGACCAAGGGGUGUCCAGCUACUUUUGGUCAUUUAGUGUAGUUAGGUCCACUGAGCAGGCCAAUCAGAGGAAAAGUACAUUCUUGACUAAAUUCAAUAAGAAUGUACUUGAUUCUUGAACCAAACAAAGAGCAGAUUAGUUUCAAGAAGUAACACAGGCUAUCCACCAUAUUUAAGGAAAUAUAUGUAAUUGGCAGGGCAUAACUUGGACAUAAAUAUCUUUAUCCUUGCUUCCCAGUGGGAACUCCUUCCCCCCAACACACACAAUAUUUGUGUAAAAGUUUUCUUAUUCAUAAUUACAGAAUUCAUUUAAAAAAGUAUUACUUUGUGUUUUUCAAACAUUGAAAAAAAUUGCUCUGAUUUUCAGACUGCAUUAGUAAAUUCUAGUUAUAGUCAGUGGGCAAUAAUUGUUAUAUACUUUCUGGUACAAAUCUACAACGAUACUCACUCAUAUCAACCAAGAAACCUUUUCAGUUCAGCACACAAAGUUAUUUUUGCCUUAGAAUAAGACACUUUGGAACAGGGCUUUAAAUGAUAGCUUUCUGUAUUUAUUUUGUUUUUUAAUAUCUUGUACAUAUCUACCGUAUUUAUUUUUUCUCAGAUGGGAAGUAUUGACUUUCUUGCUUGAGAUGCUCAUGUGAUGUAUAGCCGUUCAAAUGUCAAACUGAAAAUGCACUAUGUAGCAUUUUAUGAACACACACACACACAUACACGAGCAUGGCCGACUUGUCUUUGCUUGCAUCUCCAGAGCAAAGUUCACACAUAGAUACACAAGAAAUUUAUACUUGUUUGUAUGUAAUAUUAACAGUAAUGCACAUGCAUAAAUAUGUAAGGCUACAGAGCUGACAGACAGUUAAGUAUUUAUACAUAAAUUCAGAGGCACAUAUACACAAACACACAUGGCACUAUACCAUUUUAUCAGCACGCAUCACCUUCAUGACCUCAUUCACCUUCAGUAUCUCUCAUAUCAAAGGUUCUGAUCAUUGUAAUUCAUUCUUUCGGACCUCAGUUGUCAUGUGUAAUGCAUUUUUAGACAUUGGACACCAGCACCGUUUUACUGUAAGGGUUGAACCUUGGACAUGUUCGAGUUUUUGGCAAUACUACACGUUAGUGCUUUGGCAGUAAACAAAGAGUGAGAGAAAAAAAAUGUUGAAAGAGUCAUAUACCUCAAUGCAUCUUGAAAAACAAAAUAUUGAAAAAUAUUAAAAUGUGUUUUCCAUGUUACUUUUUACUUGGUUCAGCUACUGGUUAGUUUACAUAUUUUUAGUGUUCUAUUAGAAAGUCUUAUUUUAAUUGCUCCUUUUGAUAAAUUUAUGAAAAUCAAAGCUUUAUCCUGUAGAGACCAUGACAAGGUGGGGCUGUGUAAAGGAAUAGAUGGGGAAGAACUACAAGAACCAGACCACCUUUACACCUGCUUCAAUAGCAACUUACAAUUGGUAUUUAUAUGGCGUUGACUAGACUUUUAGAAUAUGCUGCUUUAUAUACUUGAGGAUGGUAAAUACAUGUAAUUAACAUAACUAGUCAACAGAAAUGCAAGCCACCAUCUGUACAUGUAUUUAAAGAGAGCACCUUUGCAUAUAUGUAAACAAUGCAAGUGGAAAUGCAAAUAAUGUACAACACAAAAUAAUUUUCAAUCAAAAUUGAGCCUCUUUUGUCCUGAGACAUAACAUUAAGUGUUAUAUAAUCUGUGUGUAUGGGUGCAUUUUGGGGCAGGUCAAAUUCUACAGGCUUCUGCAAAAACUUUGUAGAGUUCAGUUAGAAGGAAUCUCCUCUGUUUCAUCAUUUGCUUAACCUGUGGUCAUUUACUAAGGAAUAAUUGUGGAGACAAUACAUAUAAUACAUUGACUGAAUCCAUAAGACGUUUUAUGAAUGAUUCCUGUAUUUUUAAAUGUAGGAGGCUACAACAUCUGCAUAGUGUUGUAAAAAUCUUAACUUCUAAUACCUAACACUUUUACAAAAAUGUAACUUGCUACACUUACUGAAAAGAAGUGCUCUUUUUUUACAUAUACUGUGCUGCAUAUCAAUGUGUUUGAUUAAAUAAUUGGGCGUUCAGGGUGGGAUGAAUGUUAGCAGAGUAAGACUGACAAUGUGUUUGCAAUCUUUGGGACUGCUUUUACAGUAAAUACACCAAAGAGUAUUUCACCUUCCUCUUUCGGACAGUUGUUGAAUUGAAAUUACUGUGAAAUUUUGCCUGUCAAAUUGAUCAGGUUUUUUCUUUUUGGAAAGAACAUCUGAUAGAAAUAAACAUGAGCUAGUAUUAUAAGCAGGUACUACCACUGAUGACUUGAAUAGAUGAUGUGACCAUGUGGUCAUAGCAGGUUUAUUGUAUUUUACUUGGUUACAGUAGGAUGCAAAAAUAUAUGAUGAAUAAAAUGGUAGUGAACAGGAUGGAAAUAAGGCUUGCCUGUAUUGUUAUGCUGGAGCAUUUUUCCAGUGAACCCAUAUACGGGUGGUGUUCUUUCCUUACUACAGUUCUCAAUAUGUGAUACCUUAAUUUGAAAGUAGGGAUCCACCAAAUCCAUGAAGAUUUGAGGUUGAGGUACUGACUAAAUAAGAAAUGUAGCACUAAAGAUACAUUUUAAUCAUUGCAAAGUUUAAAAUUUGUCGACCAUAUUUUAAAGAAUGAAUGAACCAUUCACACAUAUACAUUGCUUUACUUUAAAAUGUCUCACACUGAAACUAUGGUUCUGCAAAGCUCAGCUGAUUUAAGAAUUGUAUACCCACAUGCGCAAUAUAUGAUGUAAUUUUGCAAGCAAUCCAUUUACAAAUGAUUCCCUAACAUACAUCAUUACAGCUGUAGACACAUCAGGUUAUCCUGCCCAGACUAGAAAUGACAAGUUGAUAUUUUGUAUCACUGGUAGCAGUCCUGUAAAUUCCAUUCUGCUCACAGCAGUAGGCUUUGUAUCCAUGACUUGCAUUUGCUGCUGUCUAGUGGAAUGAGGGAAUGUUCAUGAGCCAAUCACUGGUCAAACAAAUAAAGUACUUUACAGUAUUUUAGUCACAGUUAUUUUGGUAACAGUGCAGUUAAUUUUAUUGUUUUGUGGUUUCUACUGCAAGGUAAUACAGAAUUCCAUUUCACUAUUUACUCUCUUAGUAAAAUAAUUGCCAGACAGUCAUUUUAAAUUGUUGUUCAGGCAACAAUCAAAAUUAUAUCAUAUCCAUCAAGGGUAUCCAGGUUUAUUGUUGCAGAACAUAAACCCAGAUCAGCAUCAAGUACAAAGUAGUUAGUUCAACUCACAUAAAUCUAGGUUUCAGUCGAAUCCAAAUCCCUCUAAAAGAUGUUGCCAUUUAUUCCAGUUCAAAGUCAAAUGCUAGAUUUGGUGCAUCCUUACUCUGAUAUGAAGGAAACAAAGCAUUUUAAAUCUUAUUUCAGUCCUAUGAGAGCAAAAGAAUACCAUGAUCACACCUUGUUUUAUUUAAUGAAAUUGGCAGAUGGAUUUCAGCAAAUGGCAUAUCUUCUUGUUUACUUCACUUUUGUUACUUGAAAAAUAUGUAUGCCUGGUAUAAAACCUUGGUACAGUGUGUAUAUCUGUGUUUGUUGGUUUUAAGUUGUUUUUCUUGUAUCCAUUUGAAAUAAAAACCUUUUCUGAACUAAA